AACUUAACAUAAAAAUUAAGCCAUACCGUAAAGAAAAAUAAAACAUAGUAUACUAUCUUUUUGAUCUUUGAAUGAGGAAGGACUUGCUAGGCUUAAAACUAGAAAAGAACUCACAAACAGAAAUGUCAAUAGAUUCAGUUUUAUAAAUUUAAAAUUCUUAGUCUUAAUAACAUCACAAACAAGAUAAAAAUACUAAGAUUUGGAAAAUCUGUUUCAAUGGAUAAAAAAGUGAUAAGGAUUUUAAUAGUUAAAUUGCUAACAGAAACAGUCCCUAAUAGUACAUAGGCUAAGUACACAAAAAGAAAAUUCACAAAAUAGACCAUGCAAAUUAAAAUGAGAUAGUAUUUUUCAACCAUCAAAGUACUAAAAUAGUUUUUUUUUAGUCAUGGCAAUUUAAUACUAGCACCAGUGAUUCAGUGACAAGAUUGAUACAACUUUCUUGGAAAUCUGCUUCGCACCUUCAAAAAUGUUUAUAUAAUUUGAGCCAGUAAUUCUACAUCUAAAAUCUACCCUGAAGAAUUUACUUGAAAUGCAGACAAAGAUUUAAUGAAAGAUGUGUAUCUCAUUAAACUAUGAGCUUUAAUCUCUCAUUUUUUCUCUAGGAAUACUAGAAACUGAUGAAGCUCAAAGCCUGGUAAAGCUGGGGCAAGCCCUAGUGGGGGCCAAGGUACAGAAACCAGGCCUCCUGCCCCUCUUACAUCCCCAGAGCCAUCCUGCUCCCCAGGGAAGAUGUCAGGGUGGAGCAAUGGCAGCUCCAACGUGUCCUACACCAGCUUCCUCCUGCUGGGCUUCCCAGGGCUGAAGGAAUCCCGAGCCCUCUUGGUGCUGCCCUUCCUCAGCCUCUACCUGGUGAUUGUCUCCGCCAAUGCCCUGGUCAUCCACACGGUGGUGGCCCAGAGGAGCCUGCACCAGCCCAUGUACCUACUCAUCGCCCUGCUCCUGGCUGUCAACAUCUGUGCUGCCACCACCGUGGUGCCCGCCAUGCUGUUCAGCUUCUGCAGGCACUUCAACCGCAUCUCCCUGGCUCGUUGUCUGGUCCAGAUGUUCUGUAUCUACUUCCUCAUUGUCUUUGACUGCAACAUCCUCCUGGUCAUGGCACUGGACCGCUUUGUUGCCAUCUGCUACCCUCUCCGCUACCCAGAGAUAGUGACAGACCAGUUGCUGGCUGGCUUGGUAGGGGUGGCAGCUGCCAGAAGCACUUGCAUCGUUGCUCCAGUGGUAGGGUUGGCCUCCCGGGUUCACUUCUGCCACUCAGAUGUGAUCCACCACUUUGCCUGUGAGCACAUGGCCCUGAUGAAGCUCUCCUGUGGGGACAUCUCCUUAAACAAGACUGUGGGGCUCACUGUCCACAUCUUCAACAGAGUCCUGGACAUGCUGCUACUCGGAGCCUCCUACUCCCGCAUUAUCCAUGCUGCGUUUCGAAUUUCAUCAGGCAGAGCACGUUCCAAGGCCUUGAACACCUGUGGCUCCCACCUGCUGGUCAUCUUCACUGUCUGCUCUUCUACCAUGUCCUCAUCCAUUGUCUACUGCGUGGCCCGCACAGCCUCUCAGGACAUGCACAACCUGCUCAGCGCCUUCUACCUGCUGCUUCCAUGUCUGGUCAACCCCAUCGUCUACGGGGCCAGGAUCAAGGAAAUAAGGCAGCACUUGGCAACUCUGGUCCAAAGGGUACAACUGCGGGUCCCCACUGAGAAGCCCCAGUCCCUGCCCUCACAUAGAGAGCAUCCUGCCUGACUCUCUAGGACUUGUAGGUCCUUCAAGUCACUCUCACUAUCAAGCCGGUAAAUGUGCAAGUGAGUUGUCUCUGCUCUAUUUUGGCUUUGGCUCUCUGCAUUUAUCUUUGAGAAUCUUUGAUGCACCUUCUAAAAAUGGCUACUCCUCCAGCGU